GUUUGUUUACAUUUUACGCACCGUUGUUUUUUACGCUCACGCUCGGGAAAACUGGGAUUUUCCUCCUGUUUUCUCAGUUUUCUCCCUCAAAAUGCUUCAAUUUGAAAGUCGAAGGGAAAAAUCCGCAUACUUCCAUACACUGUCAUCAGUUCUCUUCCUUCUCAGAGGCAAAAGUAUCGUGGUUGACUUGAAGAAUGAGACAAUUGUGUGUGGCAUUCUCGAUGAAGUCGAUGGAUACAUGAAUGUUAGCCUGCGAAAAGUGGUGUUUGUGGAUGAAAAGGGCGUCCAACGCAUGUUUGACCAAUUCUAUGUUCCCAAACGCAAAAUACGUUUCGUUCACCUGCCGAAGUUGGAGGCGCCCAUCGUGAGCCUCCUGGAGGCCCAAUUUGCCGGCCCCUCGACUCGCCCGCGAACCACGAAGGACACUCCCAAGUCCUUCAAGCAAUUGCGCAGCCAUCGCUACCAGCAGGAGAUCCUGCGUGAAAUCAGGACCACAGCAGAAGAAAAUAAAAAAUGCAACAAUAGCAAUAAAACGGAUGUAUAAAAACCGA